AUGGAAACUUUAUCGCCAGCUGCUGACCACACAGGUACUGUACCCUCGGAACUGCUCCAGAAUGGCCACAUGGUCUCUGUUUCGAGGGAACCACGACAGAAUGACCUCGGGGCCCCUGUCUCCGUGGAACAACCGUUGGCUGACCGUAGGGUCACUGCUUCAAGAGAACCGCCUCAGUAUCUUGACAGGCGACGAUCGUGGUUGACUGAGGAUAUUCCAGACGAUGAUGAUGAUGAUGAUGCUAUCAUCAUACCAAUUCUACCUCUAGAAUUAGCAGUAGUGUGUUGUGUGACAAAUUUCGUCCUACCCGGUGUGGGCACCAUGAUAGCGGGCUUUUCUGUGCUGUGCUGUGCUAAAACAGACGACAUCACACCUAAACAGAAAUACUCAUCAGCCAUAGUUGUAGUGGCUAUCGGCUUCCUCCAGCUGAUUAUGGUGUCCUGCUUCCUGAUUGGCUGGAUUUGGAGCGGGAUUUGGGGAGUCUCCUUAAUAGGAAAUUCAGCUGAAUAUUAUAAAGAAUCGGAGUCCUCAAAUUGGAGAGGCGAUAAUCGCCGACGCUUGCGGCCUCGGUCGAACCUUAUUUAUCCGAUGAGGGCUCGAUCUAACAUUAGGUACCACAGUCCACCUCCACCUUAUGAAAUGUACCGUACCCCGCCCCCUGGGUACUCUAUGCCUGGACAGACAGUGGAUCAAGAGGAAACGGAAAUUCCAGCGGAACCCGAGCCUGAUCGAAAUUUAGAUAUGGUAGAGGAAAAUAUAAUUAGAAACGAAGUAAAUAAUCCACAGCCUCAAUUCUGGCAGUGUGCGGUUUGUCAAAAACAAAACAAUGCUUCGGAACGCAAGUUUCAGUGUAAUCGCUGUAUGGAGACGGUGUGUGAUUCUUGCUAUCAGCAGCACUUCACGAUGCCAAACGGGGAGCGGAUCGUGGUGUGUGACACGUGUUACAAUGAACUCUCUCUCCCCAGCGUCACGUGAAAUUAACCGAAAU